GACCGUGGGAACCGGGGGGUAUAACGCCGACAAUUCCACAGUGCGUGAGGCGGGGAUAGCGAGCACUCGGAAUGCAGAGGGAUGAAGUGGAUAUCGAGUCCUCCAGCUCGUCAGACGGAGGUCCCGGGGAGGAAGUUCGGGAACAGCUGGAAAGUCUGUGCGGGGAGCUGAACCUGGAGCAAGAAACUGCAGAGAACACCCUGAGAAACUUCACCAAGACAUGGAGCACUUACAGCCUGGAGGGAGAAAUAAAACAUUGGUUGGCGUGUGCCUUGUACGCCGAGUGCCGAAGAUGCGUGAUCCCGACCGUUGGAAGAGGCACCAUGGAGGGGAAUGGUGUGUCGCUAACCCGCAUCCUGCGCUCCGCCAAGCUAAGUCUGAUUCAGUUUUUUAAUAAAAUGAAGAAGUGGAUGGACAUGUCAAACCUUCCUCAAGAGUUUCGAGAUCGAGUGGAGAGGUUGGAGAGGAAUUUUGAGGUUUCUACUGUAAUUUUCAAGAAAUUUGAGCCAAUAUUUACAGACAUAUUCCAGAAUCCACGUGAAGAUCCUCCACGGCUGCCUAGAAGCAGAAAGCAAAGAAGACUACAGUGUAGCGUUAAAGAUCUCUUCAACUUUUGCUGGACCUUGUUUGUAUAUGCCAAGGGUAAUUUCAGCAGGAUUGGAGAUGAUUUGGUUAAUUCUUAUCACCUGCUUUUGUGCUGUCUGGAUCUUGUUUAUAACCACGCUCUGCAGUGCCCCAAUAAGGAAGAUCUUCUGAACCCAUCGUUUGCGGAAAAUAUGCUGUCUGCGCAUGCUGAUGACGCUGCUGAUCCUCCUUGCAUAAUUGACGUACUAUGUGACCUGCACGAUGGACUUAAAGUGGAAGCCAAAGGGAUCAAGGAACAUUACUUCAAGCCUUAUAUUGCAAAACUUUAUGAUCGAAGGAUUCUAAAAGGAGACUGCCUGUUGGAUACGUCCACUUUCACAGACAACAACAAAGCCUUGAAUAAAGAAUAUGAGGAAUAUGUUCUGACGGUGGGAGAUUUCGAUGAGCGUGUUUUUCUGGGAGUUGAUGCAGACGAAGAGAUUGGAACCCCCAGGAAAUUUAUCUCUGAGGUUACCGUGGCAAGCGGGACUCCGCGGAAACAGGUGGAGUCCAACCUGCAGCAAUAUUUUGAAAAGAAGAGGUCAUUUGCGCCGUCCACUCCCUUGACUGGUAGAAGAUACCUGAAGGAGAAGGAAGCUAUGAUCACUCCGGUUUCAUCAGCGACACAAUGUGUGAGCAGACUGCAAAGCAUGGUGGCUGGGCUGAGAAAUGGUCCAGGUGAACAGCUAAUCAGUGUGUUCAGGUCAUGUGCUCGCAAUCCCACUGAUAAUAUACUAAAUAUUGUCCGAGAGAUCGGACAAUGCUUCUGCUAUCACUACACGCAAUCAACAGAAGAGCAGUCAGGGUCCCAUAUUGAUUUUGCCAUCAAUAGAUGGAAGCUGGCUGAGAUUCUUUAUUAUAAAGUAUUAGAGACCAUAGUGGUCCAGGAAUCACGAAGACUUCAAGGGAAGGAUAUGACGGCUUUACUGGAGCAAGACAUAUUCCACCGAUCCCUGAUAACCUGCUGUCUGGAAAUAGUACUUUUUGCGUACAGCUCUCCUCGUAUCUUCCCAUGGACCAUUGAGGUUCUAAAGCUGAGCCCUUUCUACUUCUAUAAGGUGAUAGAAGUAUUUAUUCGCUCUGAAGAUGGCUUGUCUCGUGAUAUGGUCAAACACCUAAACAGCAUUGAAGAGCAGAUCUUGGAGAGUCGUGCCUGGACCAGUGACUCGGUUCUCUGGGAGUUGGUUGAAGCUGCGGAGAAUGUGCCGACGUGUGAAGAAGUUAUAAUUCCCAGUAACUUUGAAUCUGGUAAUGAACCCGGUUUAGGCCACUUGCCGAUGAUGCCAGCUUCACCAAUCAUUCACCCCCGUUUGAAAGAAGUUCGGACAGACCUGGGAGGCGCCAGCAAGCGAGAUUUGCAGCCAUUGUCUCCACUGUCUGUUCACGACCGAUACAGUUCUCCCGCGGCUGGAAGUGCGAAGAGGAGGCUCUUUGGUGAUGACUGUCUGAGAGAAUCGCCAGUGACCACACCAGACAUCACCAGGAUACGAAUCGCUCUGAACCCCACCUCGGCUGAUCGGCUGUGCCUGUCGCCAGAUAAACCCAUUGUGCCCAUAGGGCAGAGACUGGCUCUAAAUGUUAGGACCUCUCCACCGUCACAAAGUGAGAAUGGUGUUCAGGUCCCCCUCACUGCGCAGGCUCUGAUCAGCCCGUCCUACAAGCAUCAGCUGGGUCGAGCGCUGGAAGCGUGUCCCACGUCAGCUGGAAAGCCCAAGAAAACCGGCUCUCUGGCGCUGUUCUUCAGGAAGGUGUACCACUUAGCGAGCGUUCGUCUGCGAGACUUAUGCCUGAAGCUGGAUGUUUCUAAUGAUUUAAGACGGAAGACCUGGACACUCUUUGAAUACUCGCUGGUCCAUUGCACAGACUUGAUGAAAGACCGACACAUAGACCAGCUUCUUCUCUGUGCUGUGUAUAUCAUGGGAAAGAGUGAUGGCAGUGUGACUGAGGAGGAUGCCCUCAGAAGCUUUAAGUGCCAAGUUCAGCUCAGAAAUUACAUAGAAGACAAUGAAAUAGAAUUGGUCACAAAAGAGGAGAGGCUGUUCCAUGACAUAAUGAAAUGUUACAGAAACCAGCCGCAGGCAAACAGUCACGUUUACCGGAAUGUAUUAUUAAAGACAAUACCACAAUCUGCUGUGGUUGAAACCGAUGCAAACGAGGAUGUGGAGAUGGCAGACUGUGAAUCCAGAGACUCCCACCCUACCCCCACCAACUCCUUAGGGACAGACGGCCGCGUGGAAAGGGGAGACCUCAUUACAUUCUAUAACAAUGUCUUUGUAGAACGAGUGAAGUUAUUUGCAUUAAAAUAUGCAGUCAGUGCACAGGAGAAUCUGAUGGAGGCUCCCCCUCUCUCCCCAUUCCCCAGCAUUAAACAUCAAGCAGUCUCUCCUCGUCGGGUCUCCCAGCAGCACUCCAUUUAUGUCUCCCCACAUAAGAACAUGAACUGUCUCACCCCUCGCAGUGCUUUGCUGUAUAAGUUUAAUGGGAGCCCUUCAAAGAGCUUGAAAGACAUCAACAUUAUGAUUAAACAAGAACAGAGGAGCCGGAAAAGAGCAAUAACCAUAGACAGUGACUCGGAAUCCCCUGCAAAGCGUCCUUGCCAGGAUAACGAUGGCCCUCUGCUAAAACGCCUUCAGGAUGUCGUGAGCGAGAGAGCAAACCAUUAGCGCUGAAGCUGCUUAUGUACAAGCCCCAGUGUAUAGUGCCGGUUUCGUGUACCACCUACCUCGC